UCGGCAUCGUCGAUUCAGUCGUACCUUGCAAGACAGCUCGAUAUUAAUUCCGCUAAGUUAGGCAGGGAUAACUGCACACUAAGAGCAGCAUGACGUACAGCAUCCAUUCUCCGACUUUGCAAGGAAAUACGCCUGCAGAGCCCAUGUGGUGGAGGCUUCCCCUCCCGAUUGACGGAAAAUCUCCCAAAGGGGAUAACCAGAGGCGAUUAGCCCUAAAGCAACCAACAACUCCGGCGGGAUAAUGCAGUGCACCCCCGCAACUUUUCCCCCCUCCCCCAGUCCGGACGACGACUAUAAGUAUUCCCCCGCAAAUGCGGAGUACUCGUCCAUCAAGUGCUCGAGUCAAUUGAGACCGAAGCAACACUUCCCUCAAGCCAAAAUGAAGCUCACCGGCCUCACCUCGGUGUUAUUUCCCCUGCUCUUCUCCCCCUUGACGACGGCGAACCCACUACCCAAGUCCACGUCCAGCGCCAUCACCACCUACAGCGAGACGGUGAUCUUCGACCCGCCCGCCAACUACACCAUCCCGCGCACGCUCUACGCCCGCACCCUCGAGCUGCCCUCGGGGGUCCUGCUCUCCACAUGGGAGAACUACUCCGGGGACACUGACGGGCUCGUCUACUUCCCCAUCUACCAGAGCACCGACCACGGGGCCACGUGGAAGGAGAUCUCGCGGGUCGAAGACACGCACAACAAGGUCGGGCUGCGCUACCAGCCUUUCCUCUACUACCUGGACGAGAAGCUCGGCGACUACCCGGCGGGCACCAUCCUCCUGGCCGGCAACAGCAUCCCCGCGGACCUCUCCACCACGGAGAUCGAUCUGUAUGCCUCGCGCGAUCUCGGCGUGAGCUGGGAGUUUGUGUCGGAGAUCGCCAAGGGAGGCGAGGCAUUGCCGGACAACGGACUGACCCCGGUGUGGGAGCCUUUCUUGCUGGUGCACCAGGGAAAGCUCAUCUGCUACUACUCCGACCAGCGCGACAACGCGACCUACGGCCAGAAGCUCGUGCAUCAAGUCACCACCGACUUGAAGACCUGGGGGCCUGUCGUGAACGACGUCGCAUAUCCAACCUACACCGACCGACCCGGCAUGCCCGUCCUUGCCCAGCUCCCGAACAAAGACUACAUCUACAUCUACGAGUACGGCUCCUUCUUCAACACCUCGACCUACAGCUUCCCGUUGUACUUCCGUAUCGCCAGCGACCCGGAGAAGAUCGCCGCCGCCGAGGGCCAGCGGCUGGUUGUCUCGAGCGGCACGAUGCCCACCUCCUCGCCGUACGUGGUCUGGAGCCCCUACGGCGGCGCCCACGGUACCAUCAUCGCCAGCAGCGGCACCCAGAGCACGGUCUUCAUCAACCAGAACCUCGGCCAGGGCGAGUGGACGGAGAUCGCCACCCCGGAGAGCGUCAGCUACACGCGGGAUCUGCGGGUGCUGAGCGAGGACAAUGGGCGGUAUCUGCUGAUCGCUGGGGGUGGGGUGCUGGAUGGCGAAAGCAAUGAGGUUACGGCCAGUUUGGUGGAUUUGAGCACUGCGCUGUGAGGAGGAGGAGGAGGAGGAGGAGUGAGAGGGUUGAUGGUUGAGGUUCUGUACUGUACAUAUACAUAGCUGCAGGAUGGUGGUAGGUGGAUAGAGGUCACGCAAGACAAACUUAUCAGAUGCUACAUGAUACAAGGGCAGCAAGCCAAAACAU